AUGGCUGCUGACGCCUCUCCGCCACUUCCAACAGUUCCUCCUCCUAUUUCUCCAAUUCCGAACGCACCUGACAUAGCUUCCGGCACCACUCCACUUCUUCCAGCAGUACAUCCCCUUACUCUUCCGAUCUCGAGCACCCCUGACAUAACUUCCGGCACCCGCUCCACUUCUUCCAGCAGUUCCUCAAAAGGGCAUUCAUUCGAGAAAGGCAUGUCUUGGCAAGAUUGGGAGAACUCCUACACGGCAUUCAAAGCCUUUUUGAUGGUGGUGUCACCAUUCUUAGAUCCAUUGAUGAACUUCUUCCGCUUUGCCACAGAUUCGAUGGUUAUGCGACAUUCCAAGGUGCCCUCGUGUAUCCAGAGACGGUUGGAGCCUUGA